AUGACGAAUGCUGGUUGGAUUUUGGAUUUUGGUGCAACAGAUCAUAUGACGUAUGAUAAAACCUUGUUUCAAUCUAUGACACAUCCUCAUAGAAAGUGUGUGGCAACUGCCAAUGGUUCUACUGCUGCUGUUGUUGGAGUGGGAACAGAUAUUCAGACAAAGGAGAUCAUUGGGCGUGGCACUAAGAGAGAUGGGCUAUAUUAUGUGGAUGAUGUGGUUCAUGGAAAAGCUAAUUUGGUUCAUGUCUCACGUAAUAGUAGUCUACAGAAGAUGGUGGCUACACAAUAUUCCUCCGUUAUUAAGGUUCUUCGUACUGAUAAUGGGGGAGAAUAUGUUAACUCUGAGCUAUCUACUUUUUUCCGUGAUCAAGGAAUUCUUCAUGAGACAACGUGUUCGUAUACCCCACAACAGAAUGGGGUAGCUGAGCGAAAAAACCGUCAUAUUUUGGAAACUGCUCGUGCAUUGCUUAUUGGUGGGUCCGUGCCCAAAAGUUUUUGGCCAGACGCCAUCACCUAUGCUGUGUAUGUUAUAAAUCGCAUGCCAUCCCGGGUUGUAGAAUUUCGUACUCCACUCCAAGUGUUGACGGAACAUGUUCUGGUUGUUUCUACCAAUACUCUCACUCCUCGAGUGUUUGGAUGCGUUGCUUAUGUUCAUAUUCACAAGAUUCAUCGUAGUAAAUUGGAUCCUUGUGCUUUUCGGUGUGUCUUUGUGGGUUUGCAUCCCACCAGAAAGGUUACAAGUGUUACCACCCUGCAACUCGCCACAUGGGGAGUGCAUGGUGCUGUGACAAGUGAUGCAGUUGAUGCUCGAUCUCUUCCUGUCAAAGAGCCUGUUGUGAGUGGUCAGCAGCUUCUCAUCGAAGAAGAGGCUGCCAAUCCGUGUGUUGGUGUUGCCGAAGAGGAGUGUACUGAUGGUCAGCCAGCUGUUGCCAAAGCAGCUUCCUCUCAUCUCUCUAGCUCAACAGAGUCGUUGUCCAAUACAUCUUCUCUGGACAUCCUUGAGGCUGAUGGAUCACUUGACAAGUAUAAAGCAAGGUUGGUGGCGAAAGGGUAUUCUCAAACAUACGGAGUUGAUUAUCAGGAAACUUUCUCUCCCGUGGCUAAGAUGAAUACGGUACGAGUCCUUAUCUCACUAGCUGAAAAUUUGAAUUGGCCACUGAAACAGUUUGAUGUAAAAAAUGCGUUUCUUCAUGGACAUCUAGAAGAAGAAGUGUAUAUGGAUUUUCCUCCAGGGUAUAGCAAUGGAGGAAAAAUGGGAGUGUGCCGACUGCGGAAGUCCCUUUAUGGGCUUAAACAGUCACCACGUGCAUGGUUUAGGAGGCUCACUCAGGCCAUGAGAAAGAAUGGGUAUUUUCAGAGUCAUUCUGAUCAUACUUUAUUUGUGAAGCGGAGGAACGAUAAAGAAACAGGUAUGCUUGGGUGUAAACCAGUGGAUACUCCUAUUGUGGAGAAACAUUACUUGGGAAUUUAUCCGGAUCAAGAACCGGUGGAUAAAGGAAGAUAUCAAAGACUGGUAGGAAGACUAAUUUAUUUAGCUCAUACUCGUUCGGAUAUAGCCUAUGCAGUAAGUAUGGUGAGUCAGUUUAUGCACUCGCCGAGUGUGGAUCAUAUGGCAGCUGUUAUGCGAAUUUUGGCUUAUUUGAAGUCGGCUCCAGGAAAAGGAAUUUUGUAUAAAAAUUCAGGUCAUCUGAGGGUUGAGGGAUUUAUUGACGCUAAUUGGGCAGGUUUCAUAGCAAAUGAGGCAAUAAGCUUGUAUUGUGAUAAUAAGUCUGCACGGGAGAAUGCAGAGAAUCCGGUACAACAUGACAGAACAAAGCAUGUGGAGGUUGACAGUCACUUUAUUAAGGAAAAGCUUGAGAAGAAAAUUGUGUCAAUACCGUUUGUGAACUCAGAAGAGCAACUCGUAGAUAUCCUCACUCAUGCCGUGUGUAGUAGGUUGUUUGGUGAGUCACUUGUCAAGUUGGGUAUGUGUGAUAUCUAUGCUCCAACUUGA